UGGUUGUAAUCCAUGAAAUAUUCAAGAAUUAAGAAUGUAAAUGUAAUCACUGUUGUAAAUCAACGUAACAGUUAUUUAGAUGAUCUGAUUCUUAUAAAAUUUCUUAAAUACUGCCAAUACAAAUAUGUAAAUGCUAAGGGCGAGCUAAAAUAGCUAAGGGAUUUUUAAAAUGAGUAAUUUAGAGUACAUUCAAAUAAAAGACCUGAAGGCAGGUAUGAAAAACAUAAACGCAGUAUUUAUAGUGUUGGAUGUAGGUCCGCCGACAUUGACGAAGGAGGCUCGGGAAGUGCGCACGCUGCGGGUAGCUGACGCGACCGCCUGCGUCAAUCUGUCGGUGUGGGACGAGCCGGGUGCCUUGCUGCAGCCCGGGGACAUCGUGCGUCUCACGCGGGGCUACGCCUCACUGUGGCGGGCGGCACUCACCCUCUACUCUGGCAAGUCUGGAGACAUACAGAAGGUUGGAGAGUUUUGUAUGUUAUUCAAUGAGCAGGUAAACAUGAGUGAGCCACAAGCUACUCCUCCCGCACCACCCGCUCCUCCCUCGGCUCCAGCUCGCAAUCAGCAGUCGUCUGCUCCGACCACACAACACAACAACAAGUCUGAACGCUUCACACCUUCAGCUACUGAACAUGGCAAGCAUGCUCACAAGACAUACGUAAGAGGCCGAGGUCACCAGCGAGGCAACAAUAGGAGAUAGCAGUCACCUGAAUAGGGCCAAGUUGUGGACUUGAGAAGCUUGAAACAACUGGGGUUUAAACUAAAUAUUUAACAGUGAAAAGUGACAGUGUAAUAGAGACAUGCUUGUGAGCUCGAUGCAAAGGUGGUACAUAAUGCAGAGACAAACUGAAAACAAAAAAUACCUUUGGUGGAAGAGUAUUUUGUAAGCCUUCACAGGUUCAUCACUAUCCUGCCUAUUUGUUACAAAACAAUGAACACAUUUUUAUUUUGACCACUUGCACUUUGAAAAAGUGGACUGUCAUUUGUGCCAAAACAGUCUGAACAAACCGAACUAUAUGUAUCUAGUAUAUCUUACAUAGUAUUCCACGGUUUAGUACUAAACAUGCAAAGUGCAGUACCUCAGCAACAACCUGGAAUAUUUAAUGGUGUAAGCCACUUCUUACAUUCCCAUGUAGUUUCACUCCAUUUCUUGUUUUGUAGUUUGACACUCAUUGUAUUUGUUUCUGAGCCAAUUCCAUCAGUACAUAGAUAAAAUGGUUUUUAGCGUUAGUGAGUAAUGUACUAAGUCAACUCAUACUCUGAGAAGUAUUUAUACUGUAAAUAGCCUGGGAUACCUGUUCAAUAUUUGUAUCUGAUUGACAACCUUAUGCUGCGGAUGCCUCCUGAGGGCUUUCAAUAUCUCUAUCGAUUGGGAAUAAUUAAAAUAAACUCCAUUAGUAAAGCUUAAAGUUCAAUAACUUUUUAAAGAAAAUUCAGUUUGGAGAAGAGUCAUGUUAUAAAAUCUCAUCACUAAACAUGAUGUUUGCAGACUAUAAAUAAUAUUAUAUUUAAUCCCACUAUACUCACUUUCUCUUAAUUUUUAGUAAAAUGAUUUUGUUACGAAAAUCUUAUCAGUUUUAGAAGGUACCGGUGUAAGAAGAAAACUAAAAAUAUAACUAAAAUACAUGAACUUUGGAGAACAGAAAAUGUAAAUGAAUUUUAGUCUCCUGUGAAAAACUUUGGUAUUUGAUAUUACACACAACACACACACACACACCCCUCAAUUGUGUUGUAGAUGUAGUAGGUGAUACAAAGUAGAUCAUGAACUAGACAUGUAUACACUACACAUAUGGUUUCAGUCCCUAAUAAUUAUUAUUUUGAAUGGCUUGAUGAUGCCAAUGUCUGCAAUUUUAAAUAUCAGAUAAGACAUAAUGUGUAUCCUGCAAGAACAAUGUGUAAUAAAAAUAUGGACUCUU